GAGAGCGAAGACUCGUGGCAGCGCCUCGAGCGCGCCCUGCUGCGCCUCGAGGCGCUCACCAAGGGCGGCGCGUACAAGUAUGACGAGUAUGUGCCGCUGCUCAAGGGCCUCGGCGCCGUCGUUUGCACCUCGCUGCUCUCCGACCGCACUCGUCUCUCGGGCACGGCGUCCGACGUGCUCAACAGCAUCGCGCCGCGCCUCGGCGAGCGCUUCGACGCGCUCGUGCCCUCGUUUGUGCCUGCGCUGCUGCUGCUCUGUGCGCGGCAGAACAAGGUGGCCAUGACGCGGGCGCGCAAGACGCUGCUGCUCAUCGCCAAGCAUUGUCGCCUUGCCUCGCUGCUGCCCUUGCUGCGCGAGGCAUGCAGGGACAAGGCGCCCGCGCUGCGCUCCGCGAGCGUCGAGUGUGCCGCCGUGCUCGUCGAGACGAGCGAGAAGGCGCGCAUCCACAGGCGCAGUGCCGAUGUAGAGACGAUCGUCAGGCAUGGCGCCACCGACUCGAAUCCCGAGGUGCGACAGCUGAGCAAGAGACUGUUUGGCGCCUACAUGGACAAGUGGCCGGAGAGGGUGGAGCUGUGA